UUGAAGUUUGAGCUGCUUUUUGACCACUUAACACUCGUUAUUUGUAUUAAUUGUAUUAUUUUUAUAUUAAAUUGUCGGGAGAAGAUUUAUUGUGAAAAUUUUAAUAAUUAAAACAUUAAAUGAUUCAGUUAAUCUUUCAUAAUGUCUGCCGCAAAUAUGGACUACGACUAUCUAAUAAAACUACUUUGCGUUGGUGAUUCAGGUGUAGGAAAAACUAGCUUUUUGUACAAAUACACUGAUGGCGUUUUUCACACUCAAUUUAUAUCUACUGUGGGUAUAGAUUUCAGAGAAAAAACUGUGAUCUAUCAACAGAAUGGGAGACAACAUCGUAUACAUUUACAACUGUGGGAUACUGCUGGGCAAGAGAGGUUUCGCAGUUUGACUACUGCAUUCUAUCGUGAUGCAAUGGGUUUUCUUCUGCUCUUCGAUUUGACGAACGAGGCUUCCUUUCUAGAAGUACGGAACUGGAUUGAGCAGUUAAAGACCCACAGUCUAAGUGAUGACCCAGACAUUGUCCUAUGUGGUCAUAAAUGUGAUUUACAAGAAAAAAGACUGGUGAAUCAGAACCGUGCCAGAGAAUUUGCCAAAAACUACAACUUGCCAUAUUUGGAAACAAGUGCCAAAACAGGACAGAACAUUGAUAGAGCCAUUGAAAUACUUUUAGACAAAGUUAUGUACAGAAUGGAGCAUUCAGUAGAAUACGCAAUGCUGUGUGCGUCGGGACGCAGGCGACAGUCCCUGCAGAAACUGCAAGCGAAGCAAGAUAGAAAGUUCUGUUCAUGCUAAUCUCAAGUUAAGUAUACCAUUCCAUUGUUGAAUUCCAUUACAUAAAUUAUAUAUGCUUCCAUUCCCUAAAUGUAUCUUCCAUUUUUAAUAAAGUGCAAUCGCGGAAAUUUGCAGUGUUCCACUUGUAGAAAAAUAACCAUACUUCGUGUAACAAGACAAACUCUACCCCUUCUUAAAAAUAACCAUUUAGGUAGCUGUGUAUGCCUAAAGAACGAUAAUAAUGAUCUUUUACUUACUUAUUAGACUUUCUUAUGUACAGAAACAUAUAAAAGCGGAUUAUUGUUCCAUGUCGUCGUUUAUUAAGUGAAACACUGCCAGAUUCCACUAUUAUACAUUUGUUUUAAAAUUAUAGUAUUAUCUGUGUAAAUGUGUUAAAUGGCCCAUUGAUAACAUACAGUUUUAUUAUCACAAACAUUUUUAUGAUUUAUUUAUACAUAUUGUAUGUAACAUCUAUAAGCACAUUUUUAAUAUUUUAAAAGAAAGGUUUAUUACAUAGUAUUCAACUAAGAGCUUGGUGCUAGUGUGAAUAUUUAAACGAAUUAUUCCUUAUAUUAUCAUUAAAUUGGCCUUACAUUAUGCCAUCCUCUUUGUGCCAAAUAAUUCUGACUAUUAUAAAGAAUCUAAUACUAAUUUAUUAAUAUUUAUGUUCAAGUGGCAUUUUUAUUAGCUAAUAAGCAACUCUCAAAUGUUUUGUUUCAAUGCACUAUAAAUAAAUGUUAGGAUGUUAAUUUGAAUUUUUAAUAUAUGUAGGGGCCUUUAUUAUUUACUUCUAAGUAGAAUGUGAACCAAAUAUUGAAGAUUUAUAUUUAAAAAACUUUCAAUGUAAGUGUAAUAAAAAUGUAAUCUAUAUAUUUAAGAACUAUGCUUUUGUUAUUGUUGCGGUUAAGUUUGGUACAUUGUUUUGAGUUUUAGCACAUUAUUUAAGAAUAUAAUUUAUGUACUUAUGCAUUAUUCUGAAAGUUACAUAAAUAAUUACAUGUUUUAAAAAAUAGAACCAACACUGAAUACAUAAAUGUACGGGCCCUUUGUGGUGUUCACUUUAAUAAAAAAUUGCCCUGUUCCUUGGAACUAGACAAACUCCGAUUCGUACAAAAACCAAGUAGUAGUUGCACAAACAAAGCGAGAACAAUAAAAAGCAAUUAGCCGUAUACUGACCAGUUAUUUUUUAGUACAGACUAUCCUAUUGAUUAUUGUUAUGUGUCGUCAUCGUCUCAAUGUGUAUAAAAAGUUUACAUGUGGAUCACCGUCAGAUUCUCUGAUAGUACAUCAACGAUUUUAUAGUAUAAUUCGAGUAUUGAGCUUUUAAUGCAAAUGUAAACAAUCUUUUGAUAUCUUUAUUAUCUGUAUGAACACUUAGGUAUCAUUUUAUUUAUUAUACUAUUCAAUUAAUGAAAACACAUAUGUUUUUUAGUUUAUAAAAAGUAAUGCAGAAUUAAUACUAUUUAAAUUUUAAAAAGAAAAUUGGACCUAUCUAGGGCUAUGUUUAAAGAGACUGAUUUUCUCAAGUAACUUCAUAUUUAUUGUGUAAACAUUUCAUGCAAAUUACAUUCACACAAAUUAUUGUUAAUGUAACAGAAAAAGAUUUUUUUUUAAUUAUAGCUUUAUAAUUUUAAGGUAUUGUUUUUUUUAGUAUAAAUACAGGGUACAUUCUAGUCACAUGAUGAGAUUUGGUUUUAUAAUUUUUAAUAUGAAUCCUUUUUAUUCACAUUUUUUUUUGUGUGUUUAUUGCAAUUGAAUUUGCUUAUUAUGAUUGGUAUAGG